GCAUGAGGUGGUCCUAAAUAAGGCUUUAUAAUGGACUGUGUAUUUUACACGUCAAAGAGCAGAGCCUAGUUUGGGACGACGUCGUUUCUGUAUUUCUAAUCCUAAGCUCUUUUCUUGUGAAAGUGGGAAACCCCAAACCCAAAUCCAUCCAUUACUCACCUAUUAAUAUUAUCUUCAAUUUAAACUUUUCUUCUCCAAUUAGUCUCUACAAUUACAUAUUGCGUCUGGUUCGCUUUGGAUUUCGCAAUUCCAAACCCUAGAAUACUAUUUCAUAAACAGCUCAAAAGGAGCUUUUGGUUGAUUUUCAUUUUGUGAUUUUGUACAUACAUCAACUUCAUGGCAUCCGUUGAUGGUAGAGUUACUUAUUCUUCUCUCUCUAAGCUAGACCAUGAGGACAGCCAACCCCAUUAUGAUGACGACUUCAAUGAUAAUAGUGGAUGGCCUGUGCCGGAGGGCAAUAUCAGUUACCCAUCAGUAUUGUCAAAGUCUUCAAAACAAGAAUACUUGUAUCAAUUUCCCGAUGAAUCAGAAGAUUUUAUUGGUGAUGGAUAUGAUUCAGGUGAGGAUUUCAGCAAUAACGCUCUCACAACUAAGACACCGGAGGUUAAUUUGAAAAAUGUGCUGAAUGGGAUAUUUGCAAUAUUAACCGGGAGUAAUAAAUCUUUAACUGUUCCCACGAAUAAGUCGUUACCCAGUUCAAAUGUUUCGUUUCUGGGCUCUGGCAAGGACGGAAACACCUAUUUACACUCCUCAGUUUACAUUCCCAGUGCCCCGCCCCUUCUUGAGCCAAGUGGAAUCAAUUAUAGUGCUUACAAAGAGGUAUUGGAUGCUGAACCCCCUGAUUGGGUUCCUGAUAGUGCUACCACAGUUUGCAUGCAGUGCACUGCUCCUUUUACGGCUAUUACUCGUGGGCGGCAUCAUUGUCGGUUUUGUGGGGGAAUUUUCUGCAGAAAUUGCUCUAAAGGAAGGUGCUUGUUACCUCUCAAGUUUAGAGAGAGGGAUCCUCAGAGGGUCUGUGAUACUUGUUACGACAGGCUUGAUCCUUUACAGAGCAUUCUUAUCAACAGUGUUAGCAAUGCUGCACAAAUUGCAAAGCACGAUGUGAUGGAUUGGACAUGUACUAGAGGAUGGUUGAAUCUUCCUGUUGGUUUAUCCAUGGAACAUGAGAUAUACAAAGCAUCCAAUACUUUGAGAAGCUACUGCCAGAUUAGUAGGCUUAAUUCUGAAAGGUCCAUUCCUCUAGCUGUUCUUAAAGGAGCCAAGGGCCUUGCAAUUCUAACAGUUGCUAAAGGUGGUGUUGUUGUGUCUUACAAAGUUGGCACCGGUUUGGUUGUUGCCAGAAGGUCAGAUGGAUCAUGGUCUGCCCCAUCUGCCAUAUCCUCUGUUGGCUUAGGGUGGGGUGCUCAGAUUGGUGGUGAGCUUAUGGACUUCAUUAUUGUUCUUCAUGAUUCACAAGCUGUCAAGACAUUUUGUAGCCGCAUGCAUUUCUCUCUUGGUGCUGGCUGUAGCGCUGCUGCAGGACCUAUCGGAAGAGUUGUGGAGGCUGAUCUCCGUGCUGGAGACAAAGGUUCAGGCAUGUGCUACACAUAUAGCUGUAGCAAAGGUGCCUUUGUGGGAGUUUCAUUGGAAGGGAACAUUGUUACUACAAGGAUGGAUACUAAUCUACGUUUCUAUGGCGAUCCUUACCUCACAACAUCUGAUAUAUUGCUUGGGACAGUGGACAGGCCAAAGGCUGCGGAGCCCUUGUAUGCUGCCCUUGAUGGUCUCUAUUAUAGCUUGAGGCACUAGUAGUUUCAGACGUUUAUUUGCUCUUUGUACAUACGUACAUACGUAAUGCUAUAUAGCAUCUGUCUUGUUCAGUACUUACUACUCCCCCCAUGUUAUGUUUAUGUCUCUCUGUGUUCAGUCUCAUUGGUUUGGUUUUAAUGUUUAUUUCUCAUCUUUGAUUUUGUAACUGUACAAAAACUCAAUCUCAUUGAUGUUGGUUAAGCUUAACUCUCAUUUGUACAUAUUAAUUGUACAAACUACCAACCAUUGCAAUAUAGAAUGAACCCAUCUAUUUCUAUUUUCUA